UAUAAAUUAAAUUUAAAUUUAAAUUCAAUUUUAAUUAAAUUUAAUCUUGUAAAUUAUAAAUUAAUGUUAAUUUUAAUUAAAUUUAACUUAAUAAAAUAUAAAUUAAAUUUUUUUUUGUGGGUAUUUGCGGAUACGAAUAAUAUAAUACUUGCAUCCGACGUGUUUAUAAGCGGGUAUUAAAAUAUUCACUACCCAUGAAUUGCGGAUAAUAAAUAUUUGCAGAUAUCAACUAUUCGUCACGGAUUUUAUUCGCGGACGCAGAUUUUUUUGCCAUCCCUAAUUGUAAAGGGUAGUGAGUUGUAUACAUGCAUAACAUCGCAGAACUGAGAACUGAACGUGUGAUAUUCAUGACACACUUAAAAUGGUUCAACUCUUUGCUUGGAAGCUGUGCGAACCGGUUGGUUCAUGUUUCCAUGUCCACGUGCAAUCACAAAGCUGAGUUCCCCAUUGGCCUCAAACCACCAAAACCCAACCAAACCCUUAGGAAUCACCUUGAAUGCAAUAGGCACACCAAAGUGCUUCUCCUCUUCAGAUCCUUGUUAAGAAAAAGACCAACUUUCAACGCCAUUGACAGUUUUUCUCUGCUUUAUGCCCUCAAAGCCUGCAACAACAAACACUCCUCCACCCAAGGAAAACAACUGCAUACCCUCAUCGUAAAACUUGGGUACCAAGCCAUAGUUCAACUCCAGACAUCCCUUUUAAAAGUCUACGCCCAGAGUGGCAACCUACGUGAUGCACACCAAGUGUUCGUUCAAAUACCCUCUAAGAAUACCAUAUGCUGGACCUCUUUGAUAUCCGCCUAUGUUGACAACCACAAGCCUGGGACAGCUUUGCAACUGUUCAAAGAGAUGCAAAGGAACAAUGUGGAACCUGAUGAAGUCACUGUGACCGUUGCCCUCUCUGCCUGUGCUGAGACCGGGGCACUGGAAAUGGGUGAAUGGAUUCAUGCCUUGGUCAGGUGUAAAGCAGGGCUGAACAGAGAUUUGUGUUUGGAUAAUGCUCUUAUAAACAUGUAUGCGAAAUGUGGGGAUGUUGUGACGGCUAGGAAGGUGUUUGAUGGCAUGAAAAAGAAAGAUAUCACAACUUGGACUUCCAUGAUCGUGGGGCAUGCAGUCCAUGGGCAAGCAAGUGACGCUCUUCAACUUUUUUCAGAAAUGAGCUCAGGUAGAGACAAGGGAGAUUGUGUCAUGACCCCAAAUGACGUAACGUUCAUUGGAGUUUUAAUGGCUUGCAGCCAUGCAGGGUUGGUUGAGGAAGGAAAGUGGCAUUUCAGAAGCAUGAGUGAAGUUUAUGGUAUAGAGCCUAAAGAGGCUCACUUUGGCUGUAUGGUGGAUCUCUUAUGCAGAGGUGGGCAUCUGAGAGAUGCCCAUGACUUCAUUAUGGAGAUGACAAUUCCACCAAGUGUGAUUGUCUGGCGAACCUUGUUGGGAGCUUGCUGUGUUCACGGUGAAUUAGAGUUAGCUGUCGAAGUUAGGCACAAACUACUCAAGUUGGAUCCUGGCUCUGUAGGUGACAGCGUUGCUAUGUCUAAUAUUUAUGCAAAUAAAGGCUUGUGGAACAACAAGAUACUUGUGAGGAAUCAGAUAAAACACUCAAGAGCUCCUGGUAGUAGCUCAAUUGAGGUGGAAAGUGGGGUUGGUGAAUUUCUGAUCGUUGAUGGCGAUCAUCCUUUAUGACAGAUAAGCGAUGAUGUUCCAUUGAAGCUUAUGGUUGAUUGCCAAGUUCGUUCUAUCCUAUUAAGCACCAAUGAGAGGUAGCUUACUUAUGUACAUGCUAAUCCCGCAAAGUUGUUUAGUUUCUUUUCUUUUCUGCUCCCAGUUCAACCAUUGUUAUUGUAGGUAAAAACAGGCUAGAGACAAACUACACAUUCGAACGGUAGAAGUGGUAAUAACUUAUAUAUGACAAGUAUAGCCAAUUCAAGAUUCAACAGUGAAGUUUAGUAUACGGAUAAAAAUGAGAGUCAAGAAUUCGCGAAUGAGUUUUCAAUGAUAUUGCCCCGUGAUCCAUAAGUGUUUUUUAUACCGAAUGCUAUCGGUAUGUAUGAUUGAUCGAAUAAAGGAAAAUAAUAGAGUUUUUUUUUCCCUUUAACUGACUCACCCCCACCUUACCUAUGGGUUGUUUUGUUUUGUAAUAAUGAAUCUGACUAAUCAUUGGCAUACGGGUAUACAAGGGGUUUGGGAUCUUUUGGAAUUGGGUUCCUAUCAAUCUCACCCCAUAUAAAUUUUGCCUUGUCCUCAAGAGAAAGGUAAGAAACUUCUCCUUGAUUCUCUUUGCUUCUUUCCAAGUAGCCUCUCCGACUGUUUGAGUAGUCCAAAGGAUAAGCCAUUCAUGACUACUUGCUAUCAUGCUUACUCUCUCUGGAUGCUAGAAUUGCCUUUGGAACAACUGGAUUUGUAUCUUAAACCUCUAUCUCAGGGAGCAUUGUGAUUUCUACUAAUAUACCUUGAUGAGAUUUCUUGGACGAUAAUACUUGGAAUACAGGAUGAACGUUGGAUUGCUUCUGGAAAUUGUAGCUUAUUAUACGCUACCUCCCUUAGGUGGGCUACAAUUUAGAAAGAACAAAAUAGCGUGGAGACAAUUUUGGAUUUAUCUAUGUUUACAGGCAAUAAAAUGGACAUAUUUAGAUGACC